CUGUCCUCAUGUACACCUCGUGGAGAGCAAGUUUUGGUAGCGGAAAGCUCUCAAUGUGGGGAGCUCAGAGUUAAACUUUGUUUAGAGCAUAAAAUCAAUUUAAACAUGUUAGUGUUAUUUGAAACCGCGGCCGGCUAUGCCAUUUUCAAGGUCCUGGAUGAGCAGAAACUCCAGCAGGUGGACAGUCUGUGGAAGGAGUUUGAGACACCAGAAAAAGCCAACAAAAUUGUCAAACUGAAGCACUUUGAGAAGUUCCAGGACACGACAGAAGCUCUUGCAGCGGCCACAGCAAUGGUGGAGGGGAAAGUAGGCAAAAGUCUGAAGAAAGUUCUCAAGAAGGUUGUGGCAAAAGAGGCUCACGAGCAGCUGGCCAUCAAUGAUGCUAAACUAGGAGGAGUCAUUAAGGACAAGCUUAACCUGAGCUGUGUGCACAGCCCUGCUGUGGCUGAGCUCAUGAGAGGCAUCAGGAAUCAAAUGGAGGGGCUCAUCACAGGUCUGUCUGCCAGAGAGAUCAGCGCCAUGUCUCUCGGUUUGGCACACAGCCUUUCACGCUACAAGCUGAAGUUCAGCCCAGACAAGGUGGACACCAUGAUUGUUCAAGCUAUCUCUCUCCUGGAUGACCUGGAUAAGGAGCUUAAUAACUACAUCAUGCGCUGCAGGGAAUGGUAUGGCUGGCACUUCCCAGAGCUUGGCAAGAUCAUCACAGAUAACCUGGCAUACUGCAAGGCAGUCCACAAGAUCGGUGAUCGCACAAAUGUGGUCUCAACGGACUUGUCUGAGAUUGUUCCAGAGGAGAUAGAGGCAGAGGUGAAACUGGCUGCAGAGAUCUCUAUGGGAACAGAGGUUUCUGUGGAGGACAUCGCCAACAUCAUGCACCUGUGUGACCAGGUGAUAGAAAUUUCAGAGUAUCGCACCCAGCUGUACGAUUACCUGAAGAAUCGUAUGAUGGCUAUUGCACCCAACCUGACAAUCAUGGUGGGAGAAUUGGUUGGAGCCCGUCUCAUAUCCCAUGCAGGAUCCCUGAUGAACUUGGCAAAACACCCUGCGUCCACUGUACAGAUUCUCGGGGCAGAGAAAGCACUUUUCCGCGCACUGAAAACCCGACGUGAUACUCCCAAAUACGGUCUCAUCUACCAUGCUUCUCUAGUGGGGCAGACCACAGCCAAGAACAAGGGCAAGAUCUCCAGAAUGCUGGCUGCCAAAACAUCCCUGGCCAUCCGUUACGACGCCCUUGGGGAAGAUACCAAUACAGAGAUGGGUAUAGAAAACCGUGCUAAGCUGGAGGUCCGAUUACGCUACCUAGAGGAGAAAGGGAUCAGACGUAUCAGUGGGACAGGCAAAGCUCUGGCAAAAGCUGAUAAAUAUCAACACAAGAGUGAUGUAAAAAUAUAUGACCCAUCUUGUGACUCCACACUCCCCACUGUCUCGAAAAAGAGGAAGAUAGAAGAGGUAGAGGAGGGUGACGAGGAAGACAAGCCCGUGGAGGUUAAAGCCAAGAAAGUAAAGAAGGAAGCCCCCGCAGAAGGUGAGGCAGAAACAGAGACACCAAAGAAGAAGAAAAAAAAGGAGAAGAAAAAAGUGGAGGAGGAACCCAAGCCAGAGGAGGAGGAGACAGCCGUCAGCCCAGCAGAGGUGGUAAGAGGGAAAAGAAAAGAAGAAAAAGAAAAGAAAAGAGCAGCUGAGGAAGAGUUAAAGCAAGAGACAGAAGAGGCUACAGUCAGCCCAGCAGAAGAGACAACAGAGAAGAAGAAGAAAAAGAAGAAAAAAGUUAAAGAGGAGGAUGAAUAGAAUCAAUGGGACUUUAUUUUAUGAACUUGUGUAUAUAAAUUACAUUUUAUUGUGUAAUUGAAACAUUACAGUUAUGGUCACAUCCUCCUUUUGUGUGCCUGGCCCAGUUAACGGAUCUUUAUUUUUUAUUUUUAAUUGUUGGACACUUUUUAUUUGCUUGUAGAUUGAUUGCAAGAGAAACAUAUUUUCAUGCUCCUCCAGUUUGUAUUGAGUUGUAAGAGAUCAUGCCAUUCAGUUUGUCAUUUUAUAAGCAAAUGAUUUUAGUUUGGUCAAAUUGGUUCCCAGUAUAAAAAUAAAUGUUUUUAGGGAGCGAGUUUGGUGGUGAUAAACUGGGUCAUUUGUGUCCAAGGAUUAUUAAAUACUGUAUGUUUCUAUAUCUUGCAUGUGGUCUCCUUGACUGAUUAUUGUGGUGUUGACUGAAUAAUAUCAUAAAGUUUAUAAGCAUGUAUUAAACAAGAGCAUCAUGUAAAUGGAUUAACCUGAUUGUCAUAAUCAGAUUAAAAGCAAGACAGACUUCACCUUUGAGGUAACAUCUCAGUAAAUAUUCUGACAGCUUGCACAUGUGUAUUUGGAGACAAUAUUGUGUCAUGCACCAAUUGCAGGGCAUUUUUAAUACACCAUCCUUACUAAAGACCUUUGCACACCAAAUGCGAAUGUUCGGCGUAAAUUCUCGCUGCGAUCGACAUUUUGAAUCAACACAAUAGAUAACUAAUGAGCCAUUCUCACCUUGAGCGAACAUUCGUGCUGAAUUGCGCUUCUGAAGAAGAAAUGCCCAGACUAAUAAUAUCUAUAUAAGUUUUAGAUCAUGUCAGACGCUGUUGCAGAACCAGAGCAACCGCUGGCACUAAACCAUAGAAAGCUGUUUUGACCACCGACAUUAAAUGCUUUUUUUUAAUAGUGUCCUUGUUACAAUGUAAUUACACAAGUAAUCACUGAUUAUUACUAAUUAACAACAUGUACUUACUAUAGGUUAAAGCUUUGGCUUGGGGUUAGUUGCUUGUAAUUAUGCAGAAUUGACUGUUAUUACUAUACAUGUAACAAGGACACUGGAAAAUAAAUUGUUACCCAUCUUUUUCUUCUGUUAAAGCAUAAUUUUCUGUAAAGGUGCUUUGAAGUUGUGUUUUGAAAAGCAUUAUACAAAUAA